CCGGUCGGUCAGCCACGCUCGGCCACGGGCCGUGAGCUACCCGGGGACCGCGGGUCGGGAUGCUGCCUGCCAGCGCGGCCGCUCGCGCGCCCCCCGCCACUCCUGUCCUUGCUUCUUGGGCCAUGUCCCGCUGUUUACAUGCCGGUGAAGUCCCUGGCCACUCCGAGCCCCUCCGAGCCCCAGCUCCCCGAGGGUGAAGCCAGCCGACCCGCGAACUGGACUGGUCGCUCAGACCUGGGCCCUCCGAACUCAGAUCCCCGCCAGUUCUGCCGCCUCCGCCACCAUCUGGGCGGGAUCGGGCUCUGGUGUUUUGAGGAGGGGGUGUGGUGUAGGGAAAGGAAUCCUGGGGAUUUCUGGCUCUCCCCCUUUUUUGGCCUUCGAGGCUUUAGACUCAGGGAAUUCGCUCAUGGCUUUCUUGAUGAAGAAGAAGAAAUUCAAAUUCCAAACCACUUUCACCCUGGAGGAGUUGACGGCUGUCCCCUUUGUCAACGGGGUCCUCUUCUGCAAAGUCCGACUGCUGGAUGGAGGGGAUUUUGUCAGCUUAUCGUCAAGGGAGGAGGUUCAGGAGAACUGUGUGCGGUGGCGGAAACGGUUCGCCUUUGUGUGUAAGAUGAGCGCCAACCCGGCUACCGGCCUGCUGGACCCCUGCGUCUUCCGGGUGUCAGUUCGCAAGGAGCUGAAAGGUGGGAAGACUUAUUCCAAGCUGGGCUUUGCCGACUUGAACCUGGCUGAGUUUGCGGGCUCGGGCUCCACCGUGCGCUGCUGCCUGCUGGAGGGCUAUGACACGAAGAACACCCGCCAGGACAACUCCAUCCUCAAGGUCACCAUCGGGAUGUUCCUGCUCUCGGGAGACCCCUGCUUCAAGACGCCGCCGUCCACUGCGAAGUCCAUCUCCAUCCCGGGCCAGGACUCCUCCCUGCAGCUGACCUGUAAGGGCGGCGGGACCAGCAGCAGUGGCAGCAGCAGCACCAACUCCCUGACGGGGUCGCGUCCCCCCAAGGCCCGGCCCACCAUUCUCGGCUCAGGGGUGCCGGAGGAGACAGACCAGAACCUGUCCAGCCCCGAGGAGGUGUUCCACUCGGGCCACUCCCGCAACUCCAGCUACGCCAGCCAGCAGUCCAAGAUCUCCGGCUACAGCACGGAGCACUCACGCUCCUCCAGCCUCUCAGACUUGACGCACCGUCGCAACACAUCCACCAGCAGCAGUGCGUCUGGUGGCCUCAGCAUGACCGUGGAGGGCCCCGAGUCUGGCGAGCGUGAGCACCGGCCUCCCGAGAAGCCCCCCCGGCCGCCCCGGCCCCCGCUUCUGUCUGACCGCUCGUUUCGGAGGAAGAAGGACUCGGUGGAGAGCCACCCGACCUGGGUGGAUGACACGCGGAUCGAUGCAGAUGACAUCGUGGAGAAGAUCAUGCAGAGCCAGGACUUCACAGAUGGCAGCAACACUGAGGACAGCAACCUCCGGCUGUUCGUGAGCCGCGAUGGCUCCACCACACUGAGUGGCAUCCAGCUGGCUAACAGGGUCUCCUCUGGGGUCUAUGAGCCAGUCGUCAUUGAAAGCCAUUGAGGAGCAGGUGUCCAGGCUGGAGAAGGACCCCUGCCUUUGCGGGUGUCCUGACCCGUGUCAUUCCACGAGGGACCUUCCCCUUCGGAUCACCAUUCACGCUGCAUCUUGUCUGUGCCUCCUCCGUGCACUCCAGCCACAUCCUGCCCCAAAGCAUCAUUCCACUGUCCUCCCAUCCACGCGGGGGCCCUCCUGGCCUGCUGGGCCUGGGCGCCACUGUGAAUAUUCUCCUCUGAACCACUAGAGGGCAGGACAUGGGCCCACAAAGUAGGUGGGCGAGACAAAGAUGGCCAGAACGCCCUGCCUGGUGACUGACCUGGCUCCGCGAUGAGGACGUGCAGCGGAUCCUACACGUGCGCGUGGAGAUGCUCAUGGCCAAGCGGCCUCACGCCCUGUCCCCCUCUCGCUCUAGGAGCGCCAGCUCAAACCGUGCCCUGGCAGGGCUCUGGUCCAUUGCCCCCUUUCCCUUGGGGCCAGUUCACCCCCAGGAUCCUGCCACCGUGGCCCUCUGACCGCUUAGUGCUUCAGCGCUCCCUUCCCUAUGCCCUGGGGGACCUGCUGGCGGCCUCCUCCUGGGAGCCAAGACCUCAGACCCCACCCACACUCCAGAUUGAGACUUCCCUCCCCCAAAGAAUGUUCGCCUGCUGCCCCGGCAGCCUGCACUUUGCACACGCUUGUGUCCAGCACAGCCCCACUGGCCCUCGCCCACCCUCCCCCUGAUCCCUUCCCCAGGAUUCCUGGGCGCUGCCUGCUGUGCAGUCCGCGGCCCAGCUCGAGCAGCCCGGCUGGUACGGGGCACCGCCUCUCCCUGCAGUUAGCUGCAGCUCAGGCCCAGGACCCACGCCGAGACAGGUGUGAGCUUCGGUGGUGGUUCCCCUCUGCCCAGGGCUGGGACCUGAGCAGCUGGUUUCCUGUAGGAAGCCCGAAAGAUGCCUCCCAAGCCCGUGGAGGUCAGGGGCCUGGCUGGGCUGGGCAAGCGCCACCCCCUUUCUCUCCCCUCAGGGUCAGCUGGCCCAGGCUGGGGCCACUGCUGGAGGGGCGGGUGGGCUGUGACUGGACCAGCCGGAGCUGGCUUCCUGGCCAGAAAAGCCUCAGCCCUCCUCUGAAAGCGCCCCCCUCUCCAGGCAAAGGCUGGGCAGGGUCCUUUAAGGGGGGGUUCCAGCAGGGAGCAGUCUGGCCCUGCCCCCUGCCGCUCACCGAAGCCUCUGCUCUGAGCCCUUCCCCCCACCCCCAUCCUCAUUACUUGCUUGAAGGUAGGUGCUGGCUGCCAGCCAGUCUCUGGACAGUCCCCCCUGCCGCUCUUAAUGUCACUCGUUUUUGUAUAAACCCAGCAGGCUGGUGUUUGUUUAACCCUAUACAUUUUUCUUUUUUUCUUUGUUUUCUCCCCCUUUUUUUUUCUUCAUUUUUUUUCUUUUUUAUAGGGUUCACAGUUUGACAGUUUUUCCUCCCCCAGGUGAGGGGAGGUGGUUUUGUUCUCUGCCCUACCCGCUGACUGGGUCCCCAGCAGGGCUGGGGGUCUGGAUGGGGGGCCAGGAUACUGGUUCUCUCUGGCAGGGCUGGCGGUGAGGGCGCCCUCCCCAGGCUGGGAGGGCUCCUGGCCCUUCUGCCCCAGCUGGCAGGAGUUGGAGUCUUGGUCUCAGAACCUCCCAGCAUUGGGACCAGAGCAUUUCUAGGAUUUCGUCGUCAUUUUUAAUCACCUAACUCUUUUUAGAGAAAGAAUGUUAGAAGGUGCCUGCCGAGGCAGCGUGGAGCAUUUGCUCUGGCUGGAGAAGGCUCUGGUCAGCUCUGUGGGUCCCUUCCUGUUCUGUAGACACCUGGCACUUUAAAAGGGGACUGGCUACACUGUCUCUAGAUGAAGUGACUCCCAGAAUUGGGGGGGGGGGGGCGGGUAGCACACUUCCCUCCUGUGGCUGCACAACCUCAGCCCAGUGGGAAGGUGAAGGUGAGUUCAAGGUGUAUUUGGUGUCUGGUUCAAAAUUCUGGGGCAUUACACAUGAAACAGCUGGCUUUGGUGCUGUUGGGGAGACUCCCCAAAACUAGGAACCUUAGCCCCACUUUAGAUGAGGUCUGAACUUGACAGUCACCCCAGGGGACAGCCUGCCACAUCCUCCCAUGCCAGACCCUGGGCCAGGGUCAUUGGACUAACUGAGAAUUUGGCCAUAACCAAAUUAAUGCUGGCUGGAGCUGGAGGCCCGGAGCCCUGGCCGCGGCCCCACGUGGGAGCCUCCGGUCCACUCAAGCUCAGUGAAUUCCCACUAGGCGCCCACAGCUCCUGGACUUAAAAAUUCUAUAUAUAGAGAGAGAUAGAGAGGACUAUAUUAGAGAUAUUUUUGGAAAGGAAUUGGUCUAUGCAAUGCCAGUUUGGAAUUUCGGAAGACAGUUUAACGUUUUUACUAGGAGAUUUAAAGAAAAUAAAUAAAGGUCUACAAUAUUUUUAGGUUAUUUUUUUUUCUGGUCACCCCACACGCUGACCACAUGGCAUGAUCUGCCAGGAUGGAGAAUGUCCACGUUCUCCUCUCUAGGGAGGUGAACAGGGAAAAGCGGGGAGGGGAGGCCUUUUUUAUUUUUUUUAAUUCCCCCUUUUCUAACAGAAUGCUGCCACCACCACACCCUGAUUCAGUGGGCUGUGUUUGUAUCUCUGUCCCAGCUUCUACUGUAGAACAUAACAUUGUAAAGGGAAAUCAGCCUAGUGUCAGUGUCUUGAUUUGGGGGAAAAAUUAAA